AUGAUUUCGGAAAGUGAAGAUGAAGCGAUGGAUUGUACCCCACCUGAAUUAAAAGAAGCAGCAGACAGGAUUGGAGAGAGUUUGCUUCCAGCAAAAAGCAAAUUUCGGUACGAAAAGGCUUUUCAAAUAUUCGAAGCAUGGUGUAGCCAGAAAGGAACGAGAAAUACUGCCUCGGAGACCGUUUUGUUGGCGUAUUUUGGCGAAUUAUCUAAGGAAAAGAAGCCUUCGACUUUAUGGUCGACUUACAGUAUGUUGAAAACCAUGAUUAAAUUGAAAGAGAAAGUUGAUAUCUCCAAUUACGCAAAACUUAUAGCUUUUUUGAAGCGGCAAAAUCUGGGCUUUCAGCCGAAAAAGUCGAGCGUUUUUUCCAGAGAAAACAUUAACGAGUUCCUCACGAAGGCAGCUGAAGAAUUCAUUAGCAUCAAGGUAGCGCUAAUUGUUGGUGUGUCGGGUGCAUGUAGGAGCGAUGAACUAGUCAAGAUGAAAAUGGAGCACGUCAACGUUUUGGAAGGAAAGAUCGCUAUAGAAAUUCCACACACAAAAACUUACACAAGUCGAUCGUUUAUCAUAAGCGAUCCAGAUUGGGUUGCUAUUUUCCACAAAUACCUCACUUUGCGGAAAAAUUUGAAAAAUGACAGGUUAUUUGUUCAAUGGCGAAAUGGGAAAUUACAUAACCAAGCAAUUGGCUAUCAUUCAAUCUCAAAAUUUCCACAUAAAAUAGCUGCUUUUUUGAAGCUUCCAAAAAUUGAAACUUUUACAGGGCAUGCUUUUCGUCGUACUUCCGCAACCUUAUUGGUUGACAACGGGGCCGAUCUAUUGCAACUCAAAAGACUGGGAGGGUGGAAAUCGAGCACGGUUGCUGAAGGCUACAUAGAGGCAUCUUUGGAGAACAAAAGUAAGACUGCUCUGAUGCUAUCCUCUACUUCCAAAGGUAUUCAGUUGUCCAGUGCAUCCACAAGUACAUCACAUGCGGAAACUCAUCCGCAAGCGCAAGAGAUAAUAGUUCCAAACGAAACACAAUUCCAACAGGAUGGUCUCAAGAUUUCCAUUAUAAACAACAAUGCUAAUUUAACAAUUAAUGCUAAGUACUAUGUUGAAAAGCCAGUCGUAAUUCAGGAUACUAUCCAUAUAUCCACCAAGAUUAAAACUAGGUUGUUGAAUGUGAAAAUAAGUUUACCUAUGUGGAAGUAUAACAUAUCAAAAAAUCACUUGGAGCCAGUCAUUCAAGAUUUCACAAAAGACCAACAUUUCUUGUUUCCUAGUUAUUUGGAAGGUAUGCCCUUUAAGUUUAACCAUUAAAUAGAUAGUGUUGAUAGGUCCUGUUUAAUUAUAAGCAAAAUCCAAUAGUUUUUGGUCAAACGCUUACCUGAAAACGUUUCUUUUAAUAUAGGUUCUUGUGCGUCUGACCAUGAUGAUAGUACAUGAUUACUAGGUUUUCUGUUGCUUCAAAAUAAGUUUUGAA